CAAAACCUAAAGGCUUUAGGCGAUCGACGUCAGAAACAAGAGAGCUUGAGCCACCGGGAAGCAAGCACUUGGAAGUUAGAAACCUUAGAACGACAAACGUACAAUUCCAGAGCUUUUGUCGUUUCGCCUCCCUUCUCUGAAUCUCUCUCUCUCUCUCUCUCUCUCUCUCUCUCUCUCUCUCUCUCUCUCUCUCUCUCUGCGCUUGGAAAUCUGUGGACGUAUCAAAAUAUCUAAACUUUGUCGUCCACCAAUCCCAUAUCCUAUUUUUGCUUUGAGGCCUCCCCUGGUUUUCCUGACGCAAAUUCCCAGCCUACGCCACUGCAACGGCGCCGUUCUAUCAACCCCAUAUUACCUCCUGUGUUUGAUGCUAGAAAUCCCCAAAAUCCAAAGAAUACGAAGGUGCAAAGUUAAUUUGUGUCAAAGUUUCGAGCUUAAUUAAUUUAUAUAUGACAGUAAGCAGCAUGGGUGUGAUUGAUGCCCUGCAUGAGAUUUUGGAGAUGGUGAAAAUAGAGUACACGGACAUUGUGAUGUUUCUCGGUCCUUUGUGGACGGCUUUUCUUAUUGGUAUUGUGAUUGGUUGGGCAUGGAAGCCAAAGUGGGCAACAUUUGGUCAGGAAAAACUGUGCUCCUCUGUUUCGAAAGCCUCGGAUUUGUCCAUGCCUACUUCGCCGGCUAGGUCGACUGUGAUGUCACCACCAUUGAAAGGGUUCUCAUCAGCACCGUGCUUGUUCCAGGGGUAUGAAGCUUGGAUUAUUAAUAAUGCAGUUCACAAUGCAGUGCAGAAGAGGCUUUCCCCCUCACCUAUCGAAUUUGAUGACCAAAGUACAACACAGAUGAAUGAGAAGAAGUCUGAUGUUGUGGCUCAGGAGGAUGUAGAACAUCUGUGUCGGCUUGUUGAUAUGAGAGAUGGAGGUCCAACUUGGAUACAUAUGAUGGAUCGUUCAACUCCAACCAUGACCUACCAAGCUUGGCGCAGGGAUCCCAAGAUUGGUCCUCCUCAAUAUCGUAGCAGGACUGUGUAUGAGGAUGCAACGCUGGAGCUGUUGAGGGACUUUUUCUGGGAUGAUGAGUUCCGGUUAAGGUGGGACAACAUGCUUAGUGAGGCCACAACCUUAGAUGAGUGCCCAACCACAGGAACCAUGGUUGUUCAGUGGAUAAAGAAGUUCCCUUUCUUCUGUAAAGACAGAGAAUACAUCAUAGGACGCCGAAUUUGGGAAUCAGGAAGGUUAUAUUAUUGCGUCACAAAGGGAGUACCCUAUCCUUCUAUUCCAAGGCAAGACAAACUAAGACGCGUGGAUGCCUACUACUCUAGUUGGUGCAUUCAAGCAGCCGAAUCAAGACACGGCCACGGCCAGCUGACAGCAUGUGAAGUUCAACUGUUUCAUCAAGAGGAUAUGGGGAUCCCAUGGGAAAUCUCAAAACUUGCUGUACGAAAAGGAAUGUGGGAUACUGUGAAGAACAUAGAGUCUGGUUUACGUGCUUACCAAAAAGAAAGAGCGUUAGGGGGGAUUAUUUCUCGGCCUGCAUUUAUGGCUCAGAUCAAUACCAAAAUAAAUCUUGAGUACCUGAAAGCCUCUGCCGGCACUGAGGUUCCAUGCCAAACUGCAGAGGUAACUACAUCUAAUGACAAACCUUUCAGUGGGAACAUCCGAAAUCUCAUCAUUGUUGGUGGGAGUAUUCUCCUUGCAUGCACUCUUGACCGGGGGUUUUUGUUGAAGACAAUAGUAUUUGGUGUGGCCGGGAAGUUUGGAAAUGCGGGGAGGAAAUCAAAAGAAUCAAGACCAAAGUGAGACUAGAUCUAGUCCGAGAAGUUUGAUAGGUAUUCAUUUAUCUGCAUCCUGAAUAAUUCCCUUUUCCAUGUCUUUAUAGGAGAAAAAGAGAACACUAUAGUACUAUAAACCCUCGUCUUACUCUUAUGAGAAAGAGGAGAGGUUUCUCUUUUAGUCGAAUAAUCAAUAAGGUAUAUGAACCCCUAGAGCUGUUGUAUCCAGACAGAAUAUGGAGACAUUUUGUAGCUGGUAUAUAGAGUAUUUACAUGAACAGAUAUUCUUCAGGUUUCCACACUGCUGAUUUAGGCAGUCCAGCACUUGUAACUUAUUGUAAACUGUUAGCAACAGAGUUUACA